AAAUUCAAACCCAAGAACGUCUGACUCCAGGCCCAUAGCCUUGUCAUGAAGUCUAUGCUGCCGAGGAGUUAAGAGGCAAUGGAUCCUGUCUGCUCCUUCACGCUUUUAUUCAACACUUUUUUUUUUUCUUUUUAGCACUCACACUAGGCCAGGCAUGUUCUAGCCCCAAAACCACCUCCUACUGCAUGCAGCUCACGUUCCAGUGGGGGUGACACUACACAAAUAUACACUAUGUCAGGUCGUGAGAUAUGCCAUGAGGACCACUAACAGUGGUGGUUAGUGAGAUGAGGGGCUAAUGGAAGGAGUGUGGCCGGGAAAGAUCUCUCCGAGGAAGGAAUGAUGGUGGGGUGAACCGGUAGAUGCAAAAGGAUUCCUUCUCUAUGUCUCCGCUAGCAGAAAGAAGAAGCUCUUGGAGCAGAUGACCCUUUGCCAGUCUGUCCCAGUGAUGGAGGUGGGCUGUUAGGUUCUCCCGAAGCUGUGGAGCAACCAAGGCGGCCCAUGGACGUGCCGGAGGGCCGGGUGGGCGGCCCCACUGCACAAAUGUGCCUCUGGGACCAGCUGGAGGAGGGGAGCCUGGGGACCCUGCCGAGCUUAGAGGAGCAAGUACUCAACUCGACGUUUGAAGCUUGUGACCCCCAGAGGACAGGUGUUGUGGCUGUGACUGACGUAUUAGCCUACUUGGAGGCCGUGACCGGACAGGGCCCCCAGGACGCACGCCUCCAGACACUGGCCUGCAGCCUGGACCCCAGUGGGGAGGGCCGUCAGGCCACUGUGGACUUGGACACCUUCCUGGUUGUCAUGCGGGACUGGAUCGCCGCCUGUCAGUUGGAUCGGGGAUUAGAGCUGGAAGAGGAGACAGCCUUCGAGGGGGCCCUGACCUCCCAGCAACCGCCAUCUGGAUGCCCAGAAGCCGGGGAGCCAGCCAACCUGGAGAGCUUCGGAGGCGAAGACCCCAGACCUGAGCUGCCCGCCACAGCUGAGCUGCUGAGCAGCCUGGAGGACCUGGAGCUCAGCAACCGCAGGCUGGCGGGGGAGAACGCCAAGCUCCAGCGCAGCGUGGAGACAGCGGAGGAGGGCUCCGCGCGCCUUGGGGAGGAGAUCGUGGCCCUGCGCAAGCAGCUGCGCAGUACCCAGCAGGCUCUGCAGUGUGCCAAGGCUAUGGAUGAGGAGCUGGAGGAUCUGAAGACUCUGGCCAAGAGCCUGGAGGAGCAGAAUCGCAGCCUCCUGGCCCAGGCCCGGCAGACGGAAAAGGAACAGCAGCAUCUGGUGGCCGAGAUGGAGACUCUGCAGGAGGAGAACGGGAAACUACUGGCUGAGCGGGAUGGAGUGAAGAAGAGGAGUGAGGAGCUGGCCACGGAAAAGGACACUUUGAAGCGGCAGCUCUGUGAGUGUGAACACCUCAUUUGCCAACGAGAUGCUGUCCUCUCCGAGCGUACUCGCCACGCAGAGAGUCUGGCCAAGACCUUGGAGGAGUACAGAACGACGACCCAGGAACUGAGGCUGGAAAUCUCACACCUGGAGGAGCAGCUGAGUCAGACCCAUGAGGGGCAAGAUGAGCUACCGGAAGGGGCCCAGGCGAGAAGAGCAGGCUGGACCCAGCUGCUGCCCCCGUCGCUGGGCGUGGAGAUCCAGGCCAUUCGGCAGAAGCAAGAAGUGGCAGCAUCCGCUCUCUCCAGCCCCCUCUGUGGAGUGUGGCAGUGGGAGGAGGUCGUCAUCGAAACCGACGAGGAAGCUGAGUUUCCAUCUGAAGCCACCGCUGGGGCCAGGAGAAACUUCCAGGGAGAGCCAGCACGCCCACAAGGAGGAAGGAGGGAGCGGUCGAUGUGGUUGCCCAGAAGAGAGGAAGAGGAGGAAGCAGAGACCCAGGUCACGGCCAAUCUCCCCAUCCCUCUGGGAGACCCUCACCGUGGAGACAUUCCAGGAAGCCCUCCUGAGAGCAGCCCUGCCGAGCCAGAUCUGCAGCGAGCCCUGGUGCCUGUGCUGAAAGAGCUGGUCCCAGUCAGGAGGCCGGACCGGGGCCAGCUCUGCCUGGCCCCCCUGCACCCCCAGCCGCUCAGGGUCAGCCGGCACCCGCUGAUCCCCGCUCCGGUCCUGGGGCUGCUGCUGCUGCUGCUUCUCUCCGUCCUGCUGCUGGGCCAGUCCCCGCCCCCCACCUGGCCCCACCUCCAGCUCUGCUACCUCCGGCCGCCCCCAGUGUGAGCCGCGAAUGAACUCACCGGGGAUCUUUCUACUGUUACUACUGUUGUUGUGCCGCCGUUACCUGGGAGCACCCCAGUUCGGGGACCCCAGAUACAGUACUCCAGGAUCCGCACCCCCUUACUGGGUUUUUAUCGUUUGGUUUGGUUUUCUGACAUUGGUGACUACAUUUCUUAACAGCAGAACAUAUCCAAUAAUGGCCUAAAUACUAGGCGGGUAUUUUCCUCAUGAAACAAGUCUGCAGGAGGACAGCUAUGGGCCCACAGCUGAGUCUCCACAGCCUGGGGGCCAGGGGGGCUGUGAUUCUCUAUGACUCUCUUGGCCCUUCCCUCUUGCUCAGGAGACGCAGGCAUAGCUUCGCACGUCACACCUGCAGGGAGAAGGGGGACGUGUAUAUAAAAAGCAGCAGCCUUCCCAGAGCCAGCAGCAGACCUGUGUUUAUGUCUCACUGGCCAGAACCACCUGUCGUGACCACCCUUAGCUGCAAGAGAGGCUCAGAGGCCGAGUACCCUCCUGGCAGACAGGGAGAAAGAGAUGUGGCCCGGGCCCUCCCCACAGAUGUCAUCUGCGGUGCAAACCGCCCACGGGAAGUGGACCAGUGUGCCUUUUGUUCACUCAUCACUUCCUGCUCAUUUGUUUGCCACAAUUAGACCUUAGAAGAUAAAGCUGUAGAAAAACAGGCCCUCCAAUGCCAGGCUGGGGAGCGCUGGUUUGCUCCCAAGGAUGAUGGGAGCCAUGGGAGAUUUUACUGCCUGGUUUUGGUUACCUAUGUUUUAAUUGAGACGUAGCUUAUAUACAGAUAAAUGGCUGUGCUCAUUUGGGCAGCACAUAUACUAAAAUUGGAACCAUACAGAUAAAUGGACAAAAUCUUAA